CAUUUACCAGCGGAUGACUGGAUGUGAAUAUGAUGAUGAGACUGAGAAGUUAAUGGUUUUAAUCAGUAUGGUUAUGAUGGAGAAGACUUCAUAUCAUUGGACAUGGAGACAGAGACGUGGAUCGCUCAUUCACCAAAGAGUUUCAUCACCAAACUGAAGUGGGAUCAGGAUAAAGCUCGACUCGCAUAUCUUAAGAACGUCCUCCUCCAGGAGUGUCCUUACUGGCUGAAGAAGUUCCUGGAGCACGGGAGGAGCUCUCUGCUGAGAACAGAGCUUCCCAGGAUUUCUCUCCUCCAGAAGUCUCCCUCCUCUCCAGUCAGCUGCCACGCUACAGGUUUCUACCCCGACAGAGUCAUGUUGUUCUGGAGGAAAGACGGGGAGGAGCUUCAUGAGGACGUGGACCUCGGAGAGGUCCUCCCCAACCAUGACGGGACCUUCCAGAUGAGCGCUGACCUGAAGGUUUCAUCAAUCUCCCCUGAAGACUGGAGGAGGUACGACUGUGUGUUCCAGAUCUCUGGUGUGAAGGAGGACAUCGUCACCAAACUGGACAAAGACUCAGUCGAGUCCAACAGAGGUGAGACUUGA